CAAAGGGCUAAAAGGAGUUUUGUCAUAUAAUUUUCCAUGAGAUUUGUAGUAUGCCGCUACCAAAAUAUGGAAAAAUAUUAAUUUCGUGGUAAUUACUUCAAUAUUAAAAAUUGUACAGUGUUGAUUUAUAAAGCCUACUGCGGGCUGGUAUAACUGUAGCGAGUCUGUCCCUGUUCGUGUUGUCGCGGAACACUAUCAAUGCGAGCCGUCUGGAGAACAUGAGAGCGCGGGAACGCAUGCGCAGAGCCAACGAAGGAGAGUACCCUGAUACCUACAGAAGACUUUGAAUUUUAUUUUUUUUAAACUACUAAAACCAUGGCGGUGCCCCAGCUGGACCCAGCGAAGCUGCAGCUCGUUCAAGAGUUGGAGAUUGAGAUGAUGUCGGACAUGUACAACCGCCUCGUCAACGCUUGCCACCGGAAGUGCAUACCUGUGAAGUACCACGAGCCUGAACUAGGGAAAGGCGAGUCCGUGUGCCUGGACCGCUGCGUGGCCAAGUACCUGGACGUGCACGAGCGCAUCGGCAAGAAGCUCUCCAGCAUGUCGCAGGGAGACGCUGAUGCUGCGCAGGACCUCACCAAGAUCAACCUCCAGGAGAAGAAGUAGGGUGUAGACAGGAAAGUGAUGCGUUUUAUCUCAGUUUUGAGUUUUUUUUUCUUUGUUCAUUUAUUCAUAAAACAAUUUUAUAUUGUGUUUGAAUUUAUAAAUUACUUAAAUAGUUGUCCCCGUGUUUUUUUUUCAGAUUAGAAAUUUUAUAACCUCAAAAGUAUUGAACUUUUUUCCUCCAAAAUUAAAUCUGAGUAACUAUUUACUGAAUUAUUGUGUCAUUUACAUAUGAUUGUAACGCAAUAUAAGAUAUCAUAGGAUACCUUUUGUAAUCUAAUACUUUUAAGGUUAGCUAACUUUGCGGUUUCACUCACGUAUUUUUAGUCACUCGCGCGACUAAAAACCGCAAAGUUAGCUAAGUUAGUAUGUCUCGCAUGCUCACGAUAGUUUAAAUUUGACUUUUGAGGUUAGAAAAAUUCUAAUCAUUGAAAAACCGGGUAUAAAAGUACCUAAGGGCCCAUUAAGACUGUGCGAGAACUCCAUGAAUAUAGGAUCUACUGGAUAAAACAUGGGCGGUAGGGAGGAUUGAGCAGAGACAGCGCUAUUAUUAACUAAACUCGCAUGCGAGUUCGCGCGCCAUUUAAAUGAAUCCUAAAGAUUUUUACGCGCGUCACACAAUAAAUAAGAUGGGUUCUCUAGGGUGAACCCUGAAUAUUAUGAGAUAAAAAUAUUGUCACUUUUUUAUGUGCCCUUAGACCUGUUGGGUAAAGCGAUGAAUCGUUGGUGAAAUAAAUUUUUGUUAUUACAAACACAAGUACUAAACUACUAAAAGUAGAUGAACUUUUAGACGCCUAUAUAUGUAAAAAAAUAACCAUACGAUUGACAUAUUUAAAUAAAAUAAAAAAUUAAGUUGGUUUAGAAAGCUCCUGAGUGAUUUGCAAAUGUUGUUGAAAUAAUAAAAAUCAUGUUAAAUCACUGGAAUUUUCUACCUCAAUGUAACUACAUAAUGCAAAAUUUUAUUUUAUAACGAUUCGUUGCUAAUAAGUAAUAACAAUUCGAUAUAGAAAUCUGCAAAUUAAAAACUAUUUUAGAAUUAAUUAUAAUUACCAAAUCGUCGAAUAAAGUGAUUUUCAUUUGCAGAUUUCAUAAGUUUAAAAUCUAUUGUGCACGUGAAUUUCGGCUACUAUACACAAAUUAAUAAGAUAUAAUUUGCCAAUGCAUUUUUAUUAGUGAAGGUGGUUUGUUAGAUUUAUUAAUUUAGUGACUGUUAGUAAUGUUGUUGGAAAAUAAAAUUAAACCAA